GGGAGCAGAUUGAGAACUAGCUUCGAACUGAAAGCGACGAUGUUUGGAAAAGCCGGCGCAACGAACCCACGGGGAAUGCUAUUGUUACUGGUCGCCGCGAUGCUCCCUCUUCACCAGGCAGCGGACUCUUGCUGCUCCAACCCCUGCGCGAACCGGGGAGUUUGUACUGCGGUCGGUUCCGGCAGCUAUGAAUGUGACUGCACUCGCACUGGAUUUUACGGGGAAAACUGCACCACACCCGAGUUCUGGACCUGGGUGAAACUGAGCCUGAAACCGACUCCUAACACAGUCCAUCACAUCCUAACCCACUAUCCAGGAAUUUGGAAUCUAGUCAACCAGAUCCCUUUCUUAAGGGACAGGAUUAUGCGUUACGUCUUAACGUCCAGAUCUCAUUUGAUCGACAGUCCUCCUACCUACAAUUCAAAGUAUGCAUACAAGAGCUGGGAAGCCUACGCCAAUAUCUCCUUCUACACCAGAAGUCUUCCUCCAACUCCUGAAGAUUGUCCAACACCAAUGGGAGUAGUUGGAAAGAAAACACUGCCCGAUCCCAAGUAUUUAGCAGAACGAUUCCUGAUGAGGAAGAAAUUUGUACCUGAUCCACAAAAGACCAAUAUGAUGUUUGCCUUUUUUGCUCAGCAUUUCACCCACCAGUUUUUUAAAACUGACCAGAGCCGAGGCCCUGAAUUUACAAAAGGUUUAGGACAUGGUGUUGACCUGAGCCAUAUCUAUGGAGAAACUUUGGAUCGACAGCACAAAUUAAGACUAUUUACAGAUGGAAAACUUAAAUAUCAGGUUCAUAAUGGAGAGGUUUAUCCUCCCACUGUUAAGGAUACAGAAGUAGAGAUGACUUACCCUCCCCAUAUCCCAGACCACUUGCGGUUUGCUGUGGGCCAAGAAUUCUUUGGCCUGGUUCCAGGGUUGAUGAUGUAUGCAACUAUCUGGCUGCGGGAACACAACCGAGUUUGUGAUGUGUUGAAAGUGGAGCACCCUGACUGGGAUGAUGAACGGCUUUUUCAGACAACCAGACUUAUAUUGAUAGGGGAGACGAUCAAAAUUGUAAUUGAAGAUUAUGUGCAACAUCUGAGUGGUUAUCACUUCAAGCUGAAAUUUGAUCCAGAGCUGCUCUUUAACCAACAAUUCCAAUACAGUAAUCGGAUUGCAUCGGAGUUCAAUACCCUCUAUCACUGGCAUCCCCUGAUGCCUGAUUCCUUCAACAUCCAGCACAGAGAUUACAAUUACCGUGAAUUCCUCUUCAAUAACUCUGUGCUGCUCGAACACGGCAUCUCCAACAUGGUGGCUUCAUUCACCAGGCAGAUUGCAGGCAGGGUUGCUGGAGGUAGAAAUAUAAAUGCAGCAUUGAUUAAAGUGGCUAUCUCUACCAUUGAACACACACGGCAGAUGCGUUACAAGUCUCUGAACGAAUAUAGGAAACACUUCUUAAUGAAGCCUUAUGAAUCUUUUGAAGAGCUUACAGGAGAGAAUGAGAUGGCAGCUGAGCUGAGAGAACUUUAUGGAGAUAUUGAUGCUGUAGAGUUGUAUCCUGGUCUGAUGAUAGAAAAACCAAGACCUGGAGCCAUCUUCGGGGAAUCUAUGGUCGAGAUGGGCGCCCCAUUCUCUUUGAAAGGUUUAAUGGGAAACAUCAUUUGCUCUCCUGCAUAUUGGAAACCCAGCACCUUCGGUGGAAAAGUUGGUUUUGACAUUGUGAAUACUGCAACACUCAGCAGUUUGGUCUGCAAUAAUUUGAAAGGACCAUGCCCAGUGGUUUCGUUUAGUGUUCCUGAAUCUACACCCAACAAGCAAGGCUCUGUCAGCUCCAAAUCCUCCAGUUCCAAUUUGGACAAUGUUAAUCCACAGGGGCAUGCCCUGUUGAAAGAGCAAUCAACAGAACUUUAAAUGUUUUUUUUGUUGGAUGAUUCUACUGUAAUAGACACCAGGAUAAUAAUACAGCUGCUACAAUUGGUUUGGGUGAGGGGUAGGGCUAAAAUCAAUUAGGGUUCAUAUUUCUGCUCACACUCUAGUGACCCCAGCUAGAAUGCAGAUGUGCAGAUGUUGGUGAUGGCAGGAUCAGAUUUGGCUAUGACACUCCUACUAACCCCACACCUCUACCCAAAAAAGGCACUCAUCAAUGUGCAGUUUUGGCCUUUCCUGAUUAAUUAGUGAUCUCAACGAUGCAACAAAAACAGAAAUUGCUGGAAAAGCUCAGCAGGUCUGGUUGCAUCUGUGGAGAGAAAUCAGAAUUAAUGUCUCGAGUCGAGUAACCUUUCGUCAGAACAUUGGUGUAAUGGUGCAAUGCCAGAAGAUAACCUAGCUCCAUGAAAGAAGAAAGAAACUAGCAAAAUAUGAUUGGCCUCAAAUUAUUUUUACCAUCUUAUCCAUCCAACAAACCAUGGAUAAAUUGCCCAUUAAUCCGAUUCUGUAUGUUAUUCACAGAAUGAAUGAUGUAACGUCAAUACUUGGCUGAUGCUGGAAAGGUUGUAUUGGCUCCCAUCUUUAGUUGCCCUGAGAAGCAAAUUGGAUCUCUUCUUAGGAUCCUUUAUUCAGUGCAACCUGAAGAAAUGUUUUAUAUAAAUACUCUGAUUUUAAAGUGAGAAAAAAACAAUGGCAAAUAGUUCUUCAUCCCCCUAUCUUCACUACUGAAGCUGAAUACUCUUCAGUUCAGCAACCACAUGCACAUUGAACUAUUUGAUCAUCUCACCAUUUAAUUCUUCACAUGGCCUUUAGCUGUGGUCCUGACUCACAAUUUGGAUUCGUUUUCCUGUUAACCUCUAGCUACAAAUAGAUAGAAUGGCACUGUAAAUAUCCUUAACAUCUUUGUUCAAUGUUAGUCAACAUCAACCAAAGUUUGUAUACCUAAGAACUAUUCAGUGAUUUUUGGUGAAAGUGCACAUGUGUGCAUAUCUGGUGAGAGUGACAUCAACUUUGGACUUGAUUGUCCUUCAUUGUUAGAUGUCUCACAACAUUGACUAUUUAAGCUUAUACAUGGGUCCACUGACUGCAGUGGAACGCUGCUUUGGCAUGACUCACCAAUCUCAACACAAAAUGGGUGGAAAUGGAAAUCUGAUGAUCUUUACAUGGCUUCAACAACUUCCUGUAUUUAUUAUUUAUUUUAACUUUAAUAUUUAUUAUCUAACAUUAGUAAUUAUUAUCUGAACUGUACUUAUUUAUGGGGGAACAAACAAAUUUUGUAUAAAAUAUUAUUUUUUGAUACAAAGCUCAGGAACUUUCUUGCUUUCUGAAGUUUAUAUAUUAUUAAAGUGGUUGGAAUUUGCACAACAGAACUUUCAACUUGAAUGUUUUAGCCCUGGAAAGGCAAAAUCACUGCAUUUUCUGACUAGUAGGGUUUUAUUUUGGUAGGUUGAUUCUUAUAUUGUAUAUUGAUUUUUGGCCUUAUUUAAUUUAUAGAGCACAGGUUUAGUCAAUGUGCCUAGAUUGUAAGAUGCGUACGUCUUUUUAUGUAAAAUGUUCACUGCUGUGCAGUAAUUUUCUGAUCAGAAAAUACAUCGUAGUGCCACACAACAACAAUAUUUUUCCUGUUUACAUAAUUAUUCACCCUUAGAAGCAGUAACAGGAAUAGAAAAUAAAUGAAUGUUAGCAAUAAGAUAAGAAAUUGUUCAGAGCUUGAUUCUGGGAAUGAUGCACUGUUUGCUCUGCCAGCUCAUUUGAUUAUUGCAAGCUACUGUAAAGCAUUACUGUUACAUGUUAGAAUAUUUCCAAUUGUUGCAAUUUGUUUUGUAAAACAAAAGUCCUGUUGACAGGCUGCACUUUAUAAAUAUGUGUUUUCUUUUGUACAAACAAAAAUGAAAUGAAUGUCAAAUAAAAAAAAUUAAAACAA